UCCAUCAUUUUGUGCUGAACAGUGAUUCCUCAGGGUGCGCAGUUAAAGAAUUGGUGCGCCUCUCAUCUCAUCUUUACGGUAGCGCCGCUCCUCCAAUCCCGCAGCACCUGCUCGUGCCCGAGCUCACAUCUUGUUGCCAGAACUUCAGUGACGUGCACACGCUGGAUUUCUUUGUUAUUCAUUCGAGCUCUGCGUCUUUUUCUUGCUUUUUUUUUGUCGCGUUUGUUUCAGCAGCGCUUCGCACCGAGCCGCAGACCCGGUGUUGGCCCGUUUCGUGUGGAGGAUGUUUUGUUGCGCACCGUCGGCGACGCACGGAUCCAUCAGCCGCUCUGAGCUUUAAGGAUAAGAUUCUUAUUUAGUUACGUAACCAGGCGACUCCUGGCGUCUCUCCGGUUUAUUCUGAUUAAAUCCAGUCAUCGUUUUCUGUCGCAGAAAGAACAUUCCCGUCCGUGUUCAUGCCAGAUCUGCAGCGCUUCAGUUUUCCAUACCAUAGCAUGAAUCCUUUGUUGGGGGCCAACGCGCAUCUCCAACAACACCCACCGCAGAUCCAGUCGCCCGGACACCCGGACUCUCCCUCAGGCCUCCUGCCUGACGCCGUCUUCGGACCAGGAGCGUCUUUCCUGCUGGGUGAGCAGACCGGUCCGGGCCUCGAUCAGCCGGGGCCUGACUUCACCGCACCCUCACAGACCUCACCUUACCUCCACCACAAUCACAGCAGCCCCUACCAUCACCGCGCUGCGCCGCAUCCCCCCGCAGCCAUGGCCCUCAGAAACGACCUGGGCUCCAACAUCAGCGUCCUGAAGACCCUCAACCUGAGGUUCCGGUGCUUUUUGGCCAAAGUGCACGAAUUAGAGCGCAGAAACAAGAUCUUGGAGAAGCAGCUGCAACAGGCGCUGGAUGGCAACAAGGGCUGUCAGGGGGGAUGCUGUGAGAGCAGGGCGCACACCCAGGAGGCCGGUGUGCAGACUGGAUUUGUUGGUACCAUACCGCUCAGGCCCGGUUCCCUCCCCUUCCACAACACCAACAACUCAGCCAGGAGGCCCACAACACUGUUCACACCACCUCCCACAUCAGCCGCUGAAAACACCAGUUCAACCCAGACAAACAGCAGUAACCCAGCCAUCACCAUCAGCCAGUCCUCCCCCUGUGCCGACUCCCCUGGCUACAGCUACAAGGCCUUCCCAGGCAACUCCACCAAUCCCCCCCCACGGUUUCUUCCUGGCACCAUCUGGUCCUACAACCACACUCGCAAGUUUGGACCCAGUGCGGAGCGUCUGACCAGCCCAGGGGUGUCCUGGGUGCACCCGGAUGGAGUUGGGGUCCAGAUCGACACCAUCACCCCUGAGAUAAGAGCCCUGUAUAAUGUCCUGGCCAAAGUGAAGAGGGAGAGAGACGAGUACAAGCGCAGAUGGGAAGAGGAAUACACCAUGAGGAUGGAUCUGCAGCAGAAGAUUGCAGACCUACAAGAGGACUUGCAGGAGAGCGAAGGCUGCCAGGAUGAACUGGCUCUCAGAGUUCAGCAGCUGAAGGCAGAGCUGGUUCUCUUCAAAGGUCUCAUGAGCAAUAACCUGUCCGACCUGGACAGUAAGAUCCAGGAGAAAGCCAUGAAGGUGGACAUGGACAUCUGCCGCAGGAUCGAUAUCACCGCUCGUCUCUGUGACGUCGCUCAGCAGAGGAACUGUGAAGAUGUGAUCCAGAUGUACCAGGUUCCUAACAGCCAAUCAUCCUUGAACUGCCGCCGGAAACACACCCCUCUGUCGUUUAACGGGAGCGAGUGCGACGAACCUGUGAGCACCACCGAAAGUGAGGGACGCGUGGUCAGAGACGAGGAGCAUUGUGGCUCAUCGGCCAAUCAGAUCAAUGAGGAGAUGCAGAGGAUGCUGAACCAACUGCGUGAAUGUGAGUUUGAGGAUGACUGUGACAGUCUGGCCUGGGAGGAGACUGAAGAGACGCUGCUUCUUUGGGAGGACUUCCCAGGAUGCACUCUGCCUCCUGACCCCACCCACCCACCAGGAGAGGUGUGA